CAGUUUCUACUCACCCACUCAGUCAGUAGGAGCUCCAGCAGCUCCUCACUGCUACUGUAGAUCUGACAGAAAAACCAGCUGCUGCUCGGCACCAUCAUCCCCAUCAUGCUGACGAGUCUCUGCCUUGACUUUCGCGUUUCUUCAGCUUCUUGUUGCACUUUUGCGCGCAAACGUGGAUAAGACGCGCUGCCGUCCGUCGCCAUGGCAAGAAGACGCAGAGGCGCAGCUGGACGUGACGAGGAGUUCACAUUUGUCAGUCCAGUUGUGAAGUACCUGCUGUUCGUAUUUAACUUUAUAUUCUGGAUAAUCUCACUGGUGAUGGUGUCCAUCGGAGUGUACGCUCGCAUGAUGAAACAUGCAGAAACAGCUCUGGCUUGUCUGUCGGUGGAUCCGGCUAUAAUGCUGAUGGUCGUGGGGGUCCUCAUGUUCAUCAUCACCUUCUGCGGCUGUGUGGGCUCCUUACGAGAAAACAUCUGCCUCCUGCAGACAUUCUGUGUCUGCCUCACACUGAUCUUCAUCCUGCAGCUGGCUGCUGGGAUCCUCGGCUUCAUCUUCUCAGAUAAGGCACGGAACAAAGUGACAGAGGUGAUCAACAGGGCCAUCGUCCACUACCGAGAUGACAUCGAUCUGCAAAAUCUCAUUGACUUUGGUCAGAGAGAGUUUGACUGCUGUGGUGGCAUCACCUACACUGACUGGUCCCAGAACAUGUAUUUCAGCUGCAAAGACGACAACCCCAGCAGAGAGCGCUGUUCUGUUCCCUUUUCUUGUUGCAUCGUGUCCAAAGACAAGGUGGUAAUCAACACCAUGUGUGGUCAGGGGAUGCAGCAACUGGAGUAUGCUGAAGCUGGAAACCACAUCCACACCAACGGCUGCAUAGACAAACUGGUUAACUGGAUCCACAGCAACCUGUUCUUACUGGGAGGCAUUGCACUGGGACUGGCGAUACCACAGCUGGUUGGCAUCCUGUUGUCUCAGAUUCUGAUAAACCAGAUCAAAGACCAGAUCGAGCUGCAGAACUACAAUCAAAAGCACCGUUCUGACCCAUGGAGCUGAUCCAGGAGAGACGGGACCAGAUGCUGACCAGCCUGGUAAUGUGACUCUUGGACCAUAUGUGUGGCAAACUCAUGAACAGAGCAAAUAAAGUGUUUUUAAACACUUGACUUGGACGUGAAACCACACUAAGUGCACGGAUGGAGAAAUACAACUCUGCUGCCGCCUAUUGGACGUAGACUGUGCUAGCAUUUACUUCUCAAUCGGGCAAAGAGGGUAAACUGGAUGGUAGUCAGGAUAUUAUCACACUUUACUGAAGCGCUGCAGUGAAAUAUCAUCUACAAAUAGUCAUUUAUUAUCAUUUAUUUGUUGUCAAAGAUGCCAGCAGUGGAAAAUGUUUCAUAUUUGUAUUAUGUUUAGCUUGUGUUCUUCUACAAAUGGUUACUGGCUGAAAGGGAACUGCAUUUCUGAACCUAUAUUUUGUAGACUUUUAUAUGAAAAAUGUAAAAAGUUUCUGCAUGCUCAGUAAUGACGCUUUUAUACUGACAUGGAAUUUACUGUAUUUCACAUGCUGUUUCUGUUCAUGUUUUGCAAAUGUGCAUCCUACAUUAUGCACAUCUCUUUAUUGUUAGUUUUUGAAGAUAACUGGUACACACAGGUCAUUUUGUCUAGCUUCCUCUACUCUCUCCAUCUUAUCUUACCUCUAAGCCCAAAAAACCUGUUACAACGGAAUAUUAUACAGUAUAAUAAUCCUUUUUCCAACUAAACAUGUUUCAUUUUACAAACUAACAAAUAUUUAUGCUGUUGCUCUGACCUUUCAUCAUAUUGUGGCCGUGUUGCUCGUCCUGCCAAGACCUCACACUGCACAUGAUGUCAGUGCCUCCUUUCAUUUCAGCCAGCUCACUGCCUGCAUGGCUGCAGAGGGUGGAUGUCUUCCUACACUGCCAUCACAAAUAAAUGUUUGCCAAACCACACUG